AUGGUAAGUGGUAGGACACCAACUUUUCUACGAAAUUAUGAACACAAUGGUAGUACAUCAACGUUUCUAAGUAAUGAUGAACACAAUGGUAGGACAUCAACGUUUCUAAGUAAUGAUGAACACAAUGGUAGUACCUCAACGUUUCUAAGUAACGAUGAACACAAUGGUAGGACACCAACGUUUCUAGGUAAUGAUGAACACAAUGGUAGGACACCAACGUUUCUAAGUAACGAUGAACACAAUGGUAGGACACCAACGUUUCUAGGUAGUGAUGAACACAAUGGUAGGACAUCAACGUUUCUAGGCAAUUAUGAGCAAAAUCGUAAGACAUCAAAGUUUCUAGGCAAUUAUGAACAAAAUCAUAGGACAUCAACGUUUCUAAGUAAUGAUGAACACAAUGGUAGAACACCAACGUUUCUAAGUAACGAUGAACACAAUGGUAGGACACCAACGUUUCUAGGUAAUGAUGAACAAAAUCAUAGGACAUCAACGUUUCUAAGUAACGAUGAACACAAUGGUAGGACACCAACGUUUCUAGGUAAUGAUGAACACAAUGGUAGGGCACCAACGUUUCUAGAUAAUGAUGAACACAAUGGUAGGACACCAACGUUUCUAAGUAACGAUGAACACAAUGGAAGGACACCAACGUUUCUAGGUAAUGAUGAACACAAUGGUAGGGCACCAACGUUUCUAGAUAAUGAUGAACACAAUGGUAGGACACCAACGUUUCUAAGUAACGAUAAACACAAUGGAAGGACACCAACGUUUCUAGGUAAUGAUGAACACAAUGGUAGGACAUCAACGUUUCUAAGUAACGAUGAACACAAUGGAAGGACACCAACGUUUCUAGGUAAUGAUGAACACAAUGGUAGGACAUCAAAGUUUCUAGGUAAUGAUGAACAAAAUCAUAGGACAUCAACGUUUCUAAGUAAUGAUGAGCAAAAUGGUAGGACAUCAACGUUUCUAAGUAAUGAUGAGCAAAAUGGUAGGACACCAACGUUUCUAAGUAACGAUGUACACAAUGGUAGGACACUAACGUUUCUAAGUAAUGAUAAACACAAUGGUAGGACAUCAACGUUUCUAGAUAAUGGUGAACACAAUGGUAGGACAUCAACGUUUCUGUAUAAUCGUGUGUGA